CUUCCUUAACGUCAUCGAAACUAAUGGUAGUUUCAGGUCCUCAUUUUCGUAUAAAGUGUCGCAGAAAGGCUUCAUAUCGUCUGUACAGUAUUCAGCAAAGUUUCAAGUCUAAAACGUGCUUUGUUGUUCAUGAGCUCUUAACACUGGAGUCCUAAGACCACCUAAGAUCAGAUACAGAAUGGCUCUUCGAAAACGACUGACUGAAGAGGAUGAAGAUCAGCUGCGGGAGUGGUUGGGGAAGCCUGACGCAGGUUUUGAGCUCCUGUUCAAAGCCUCCACACAGGGCUACAAUUCUGCCACCUUCCACCAGCUCUGUAACAACAAGGGCCCUACGGUCACGGUCGCAUACAACGCGAUCGGCUGGGUGUUCGGGGGGUACGCAAGUGAACCGUGGACCAGCCGGGGCAGCUAUGUUCAAGCCCCGGAUUCUUUCCUCUUCCGACUCUCUAACGCCAACAAAUUCGAUCCUUUGAAGAUUCCAGCAAACCAAUAUGUGCAGAACUGUCUGUACGAUCUUCAAGAUAGAGGUCCUGUGUUUGGUGGUGGCCAUGACUUCCAGGUGUUCACUGGCACUUAUCAAGCAAAUAAUGGCAAUUUUAUCAACGCCAACGGCAGCUCCAACAUUGGCUACACUUAUGGAAAUGGGAUGGGGCACAAUGUCAACACGUUUUGUGGAGGAAAUCUCAGCUAUCUCGACGUAGAGGUAUACUCAAUUGGAAAGAGAGAGGAAAAAGAAGUCCCCAUCGAAAAAAAGAUGCUACAGGAAGGGAAAGAGUGGAGGAAAGUUCAGUGGAGUGACGAGGAACGAGAGCGGCUGAAGCAGCAGGUAGCUGGGUACAAGCCGCAGGUCUGUUCGUCCGUCAGCCAGGUCAACGUCCUGCUGGUCGGCCAGGUGGGUUCUGGGAAAUCCAGCUUCUUCAACACCAUCAACUCCAUCUACAAGGGCCGCGUGUCCAGCCAGGCCAUGGCGGGCAGUCAGCCGCACAGUCUCACUACACGGUACCGAACGUACGAGGUGCGUGGAGAACGCCAUGGUGAGACGCUGUGUUUCCGCCUGUGUGACACCAUGGGGCUGGAGGACGCCAACACCGGUCUGGACCUGGACGAUCUGCCCUACCUGCUGGACGGCAACGUGCCUGAUAGGUACCAGUUCAAUGCGGCUGUGAACAUCUCCCCGGCCACGCCUGGGUUUAAGAACAUGGCCGGUAUGAAGGACCGUACCCACUGCGUGGCACUGGCCAUGGACAUCUGUAACAUCAGUGUCAUGCCGCAGGGCGCCAUGGACAAGAUCAAAACCAUCUACAACAAAGCUCUCAAGCGGGGUAUUCCCUCCGUUGUCUUGCUGACCAAGGUCGAUAAAGCUUGUGAGUUUGUUGCUGAAGAUCUCUCUACGGUCUACCGCAGCAGGUUCAUCCUAGAGAAGGUGAAAGAAGUUAGCGAGAAGCUGGGCCUGCCGGAGUACCACAUCUUCCCCGUGCAGAACUACUCCAAACAGACAUCCCUGGACACCCAGAUCGACAUCCUGGCCCUGUCAGCUCUGACGCAGAUUCUCGGCUUCGCAGACGACUAUCUGGACGAGCAUUAUGAGGCUCUGGCCACAGAAAAUCUCCAGAAACUCAACGUCAAGGAGUAAUAGACGUAGACAUGGGAAUCUACAUAUUAGCCUGAAUAUCUAUUUGUUAGCGUGUGUUAUAUAUAAUCUCUCACUGUCAGGGCGGAUGGGCCGGUUUGUAAGGCUAUCUCAUAGUUGUUAUUCAGUAUAUACAAUCAGCAAUGGGGUUGUAUUUUUAUCAUUUUAUCAUUAGGCCACAGCAAGUAAAUUUUAUGGAUGCCAUCUUCCGCAGACUCCAAUUCUAAUGCCACAGGGCUAAAAAAAAUAAGACGGGCUAAAAAAAAGAAGAUUCCGACAUUUUCAAAUUUUGACAUCAUAAAUUUUGUCAAACAAGAAAUGAUACAUAUAUUGUGGUACGUUGACUGACAACUAUUACAUUAUCCAUUUGCCACUGAAAUAACU